AUGCAGCAUGCCAAGGCCUUGGCCAUUCUGGAAGUCAAGGAUGGCGUAAUUGAACGCUUGGAGCAAGAGGUGCAUGCAGCGGAAGCGGAAAUCAGCCAUUAUGAAGGAGGUGCAGAACUGGCGGAAGCCCGCGCGGUUGCGGCAUCAGUGACUGAGGCAACCACUGCGCUGAUCCACGAUGAUACGCGACGUGCGGCUGAUGCACAUGCCGAGAGCGAUUGCCAAAUGUUGGCGGAGAUGGCACAGCAAGCAGAACGUCGUGCCCAAUAUGCAGCCAUUGAAGUUGUGGAAUUGGGAGAAGAGAGUAAAGAGGCUGAACACAAUCUUGAGAAGUUAUCUGCUGAGAUUUCGCGUUUGUCGUCCCCUGCCAAACCACUGGCACGACCUCUUGCCGCCGAAGUUGUUCGGCUGGAGGUGGCGCUGAUUGAGUCUCAGAAAGCCCUUCUCAAAGCAGAAGAGAGAGCACAACAAGCUCGACAACACGAACUGUAUCUUCUUCAGCAAAUCGGCGCCGGCUCGGGCAUCACGGAGAGCGGCACGCCUAGCGAAAGCACAGAAGCUGACAACCAGCUGUGCAGCCGAAGAAUGGCAGUGGUGGAAGAGCACUUGGAGGAGAUACUGGAACGGCACGAGGCAGAGAUGGUUUCUUUGUCUACUCGGCUUUGCGCAGAUGCACGUGCCACAGCAGACCGCCUUGGGCCAUUGCAGCUCCGUUCUCCACCAAGUUUUCAGACUGUCAAGCCUCGACCGACCGCGCGACCGGCACCAGGGUCAGUGCCGAAGCCAGCGCAAGACCCGUUCGAAGAGACUCAGCUGCUUCGCAAGCGCUGCCAUCUCUUGGAACAAGACCUUUCACAGGCCAUGCAGCUCACACAGCAUGUGUCUGCAUUGCGAGAUCGGGCAGAAUCAGACAGCCACAGAGCAGCGUCCCAGCUCCAAGGCGCCCGUCAACAAUUCGCGGCUACAUUGUCGCAGCCAAAAUAUUUAAACCAAGCGCCUCAAGCAAGUCAAGUUUCCAAGCGUGCCGGCAGUCGAGGUCCCGACGAAGUUGUGCAGGAGACUUCAGAGCUUCGAAAGUCUUUACACAUACUUUGUAAACAGUUGCGUGAACGAGCGCAGAAGGGAGAUCACACAACAGACUCCCAACAGACUGCCUUGCUUCAAGGAGUCGCAGAUGUCGGGGGGCAGGUCCUUUUGGCAAUGGCAUCUCUUGGGGAUGUUAACCACAAGCUGCAGCUUGCGGAGUUACAAAUUCACCACCCGAGUCGGGCUUUCAAGUCUGGAAGCAACUCAUAUCACGAAGGAGAUGUGAAUUCGACUGUUGCAGAUGCCAGGGCUCUACGUGAGCAGGCCGUGCAGGCCGCAGACAUGUUGAGGCUGCGAGAGGCAGCCUCAGAGCAAGCGCUGCUACAAGAAGAGGCGACGUCUUUGCGCAGCGAGCUCCAUCUCAUGGAAGGUUGCGAUGCGGCACGUGCAAAGGCACGUAUGGAAUACACGGAGCAGAUUCGAAGGGACGCGAACCAUUGCCUCGAAGAAACAGAGGCAAGAUCUCUUGUUCAUUUUCAGCAAACCGAAGUACCUGCGCAGGCUGAGGGACCGCUUCUGGCAUUGGUCCUGCAGAACCUGGCAGGAGCUCAGCGCUGGGCUCGGACCAGUGAGUUGACAGCGAUGACUUGGAAGUCCUUGGUGGAGAACCUCACCAAUCAUAUGACACACCUUGAAGAGAUUGCGGUGUCAGAUGCCCUCCAACCCCACGCCCCAGCUUCUUCCUCACCUUUCAUGGGUGAACUCUCACCAGAAGGCAUCGCAGACAAGUGCAUAAGUUCUUUAGAAGCGCACUUGACAAACCUUUCCAGCCAGUGGCACCACGCCGUGUCUGUGUGUUGCAAGACGGAGAUGGAUCUUCGGUCUUUGGAAGCCCAGAUGCGAACCAAACCGGAAGCAGCAGCCAAAGAAGCUGCAGCGCAAAUGCUCCGGCAAGUAAGCGUUUGGAACCAAGACCUGCUACAGAGAUGCAUCAGUUGGCUGACACGCGCAACAGAGGUGGCAGACUGGCAUGCGAUGGCUGCAGUGCGAGAACUCGGUCUGGAACACUCUGUGCGUGACCUGGCGUCCAUGAAUCAGGCCUUGCGAGAACAUAUUUGGAGUUUGGAAGCGGAGCAUGAGAACCUUAGCUCGGCAGCUAGUUGUCAGAGUCACUCGGCUGAUUCCAUUCCGAGGGGAAUGAGGGACGGUUCUGGCCUACAGCAACACAUUGACUCGCUGAAGUCUGAGUUGGGAUCGGCACGUGGCGAACUUUGUGCUGUGAAGGAACAGUUCGACGUAAUAAAGAACAAGCUGCACCAUGCUCUUCACGAUGCAGGAAGCGUCAGUCGCAACCACGAAUCUCCACAAAGUUUUGGUGGGAAUCAGAACACUGCCUUAGCGCAGAUCUGCCCAGUGUUAUCUUCAAUUGCACGGCAAAUGCAGCACAUGUGCCAGGAGACGGACACCCGAAAGAGGUUCGAUGCAUGUCACAUGGUUCUGGAAGAAUUGGAACGAACACGAUCAUGGUGUAGGCAGGUGCAACAAGAGCUUAAGCAACAAGGUGCUGUUGCGGAGAAGCUGCUUGCCGCUACGCCUGGAGAUAUGUCUGUAGGCUGUUCUCAGAAAUCUGCUCACAGUUCGGCGGAACCUGAGCCGUCCGACUUUGAACCAUCCAUCUCGAAUCGAACGUCGGGGGCGAUUCUUCAUCGGGUUGAAGCCAUCCUGAACAUGCAGCAGGACCUUCAAACGGGUUACAGGACCGUCACACGUGAACUCUAUGAGCUCCAAAACAAGAGGCAGAAGCAGGAGAAUGCCAUCGGACAGCUGCAGGGCCAGCUGCAGCGGCGUGUUCAGGGCCUGAAGCAGCUCGAAGGCUUGGUGGAAGCAGGAAGCAAGAAGGCGAAAACAGCGAAGGAGAAAGCGGUUCUCCACGCUCAGAUGGAAUUGCAGCAAAGCUUCCAAUCAGAGCUGGCAGAGCUGGAGCUGAUUCACCACCAGCACUCAGCCUCUUCGGCAGCCUGGAAAGGCAAAACCGAGGAGGAAGCGGCCGUUGUCGUCCGGAUGGUUGCCGAAGCCAGUGCCGCUUCAAAUGCAGAGGCUGCUGCGGCCAGCGAGGCCCAUACCCCCUUGGCUACAGCAGAGGCAACCUAUGCUGAAAGUGAGGCUAUCAGUGGUGCUAACCUGACGGCUCGACGUUUGCAGUCGCUUUCCCAAACGCUCCAGGGACAGACAAUCACUCGAUCUGGGCUGAAGAAUCUGGCUGAGAAACUCGCGACGACAUCAGAAGAUCUCUCUCAGCAAGUUGAGGCUUGUACGGAAGCUCGGCAAAGGUUCGGCAAGAUUGAAGAGGAAGAAAUCGAAGCCGCGGAAUUGGCCAAAAGCUCAGAGGCCACAAGCCUCGAACUCCAGGAGCAAGUCAGAUUGCUAAUGUUGGCUUCAAGUGCAGCUUGUGAGUUGAGAAACGCAGAAGCAAGCUUGGGCCAGGGAGAAGAGGAGUUGGAAAGGAUCAGUGGGCAGCUGAAUGUGAAAGCUGCAAGCUGUAAAGAGCUUUUUGAACAAAGGUGUCUUGCCGAAAGCCGAGCCGAAGCGGAGGAGCUCUUGCUGAGCCAGCUUCAGUCAGAAAGUCAAGGGCUAGAGUCGCGAUUGCAAAGGGCGGAAGCAAGGCAACAAACCCAGGAGAGACGCUGCAGACAGGAAAGGACAGAGUGGAAGCAACAGCUCCGACAGCACCAGUUGCAUGGAGUGAACCCGCGGAAGAGCAUCGGAAACUUCGCCACAGAGCCGCUUGCAGUCGUCUAUGAAGCGGUCCCGGACCACAACGCGCACGAAGUCUGGGAGUGCAAUAGUUUGGUGCAGGAGGAGCAUGCACUAGAAGAGCAAGCAAAGGAGUUGCAGAUUCAGCUGGAAGCAACACGGCGUCGACACCAUAUGUUGGUCAAGGAAAAUGACACCGAAAGAUACUUGGCAAAGCGUGGUGAGGAAGUCCUUGCCAAAGAGAUUGCAUCUGCAAGAGGUCGAGUGACUGCAAUGUCGUAUGAGCUAGACCGCCUGCUUCAAGUCACUGCUGGUCCAGAUGCCAGUAACGACCGCAUCAGCGCGAGCUUUUCAGGUCAGCCUAAUCGCGCGAGCGAGAGCGACACUGCGAAGCAGGCUUUUCGAGCUUUCAGAGGCCGUUCCAAGAAGCUGCAGGCUUCAUUGGCACAGGAACAAGAGCAAGGCCGGCAACUGCGAGAUCGAGUUUCCCAGCUCAAGCAUGUCAAUGUUCAGCUUCGUGAGCGCAUCCGGGAUGCUGAGCAGAGAUUACACGUGAGUCGUGAUGACGUGGAACGCAAGCGGGUGCUUGCUGCAACCUUGCAAAAGCGACGUCAGGAGUCUGCCGAGCAGACUGCACACGCAACGCAGCAAGAAGAGGAAAGCAGCAGAUCACUCCAGCAACUUCGGAGUGAUGCUGCGAGAAAGGAUGCCGCCAUCAAAAACUUGCAGAACGAGAUAGCAUCAGCCCAGCGAGAAACAAAUCAAGCCAAUGGCAAAGAUAGAGGUCAGCAAGAAGAAGCCCGAUCCAAAAUGCAGGUCGAGCUGCAUCGCAAGGAGCAGCUACUGCACCACGCGCGUGCAAAGGCACAGCUUCUCAAGACCCGCUUGGAUGCAGAGGUCCGGCGAGAUGUUCGUGCUCGGCGUGUUGCCAGGAGCGUAUCGAGCAGCCGUCUGGAACGAAGCCCAGAGACAGGAAGUGAUGAUUUGGCAGAGUCUCCUUUGCCACCCUCGGGUGCUGAACGUGCACGAGAACCCGUGUGCAGUCUGGAAUCUCUGAGAAGCUCGGGUUUCUCAGCAGUUGAAGAGCUGUCCGGCAUUAUAUUUCAGGCGGCAAACUCCGUAGACUCUUCCUGGGAACUGUCGACGGCUGUCCAAGAGUCUUUGCAGAUAUUGAACCUCCAACAGGAGGAUCUGGCAGAGUUCCUGCCCCCAACGGAGACUGCGCAGUCUUCUGUCCGACUGAGGGCCAAAGAGGCACGCAAAAGAACCAGGAGGAACCAGAAGCGCAGAGAAGAGAAGCAGGCCGCCAAAGCAAAGGACAGCGAGCUCGGCAAAGCUCCUCGUGCCGCAGUCCGCAGCGAGGCUUCAGCGCCUCGAAAGCGUGGGCGACCAAAGAAGACCACAGCGGAAGAGCUGCAAGUGGACUCAGGACCUGCGCCGGUGACUCCUCCCGAAGUUCGAGACCCAGCAGCGCUGGCUUCAGAAGGGUCAGCCCCACGAAAGCUUGUCGCCCAACCUCCAGCGGCUAGACUGGUGGUACCCGGAGGUGUGGACGCAGACGGCAAGCCGGAUGAGGCUGAGUUUGCAGCUCCGGAGCGACCGCAACUGGGCGAGCUUCCUGUUACGCCACUGGAGAGUUUGCCUGCGCUAUCUGAACCGACGGAGUCAAGCAGGAUUGUCGACGAGAGUUUGCCGGAUUUUAGCAGCACAGGGCCACCACCACCAAAGUGUGUCACGGCAUUCGCUGCACUGUUCAGGCACAUCGUACAAGAACUUCCGGCACAAAGCUCUGCCCGCCGGGGUGCGAUUGGACAGGUUGCCAAGAGGCUGGCCGUCCAACUCACACCAUCAGACCUCAACGUCUUUCUCCGGGAGGUUCAGCUUGGACUUUUGGACAAGGGAGGGAUUUCUAGAAGCAAAAGCACGGUGCUUUCAGCACGUUCUUGGAAGAAGCAUCAGGAAAAAGCAGAAGGCCGCCUGCAGGCUGUUCUUCGCCGGGAAGACAACGAGAAGCCGAAUCCGGUCCAGGUGUUGUGGACUUCGAUGAGUUCGCGCAGUCCACCGACUACGAAAAGCGGCUUGCAACACGACAAUCUUAGGCGCUGCCUGAAAGAAGUGGUUCACGUUGCGACAACGGCGCGUGACUGGGAGGUGACCUGGCAGUGCAUGGACUUGGCCUCACUGCCAGACGAGGAGCAGAACGAUGCAACCUUACUUCUCGCCAUCACCUUGCUGACAGCCGCUAUGCAGAAUGGUGAGGCCCAGCACACGCAAGCCCUGGCAGACUUUGUGAGGAGUCACAAAAUCAAGCUCCGCAUCCUGGAAUCUGCUGUUCUUGAGGCGGUCGGAAGGAUUCCAGCGCACGUUCCAUUGCCUCCGCGGCUCCCGCAGGUCCUUGCCAGCCUGCUGGCCUACCUGUACCCUUCGCCAAUUCGGACAACAGGCUAUGGUUGGCUUCGGCCGGGUUGGAAGUUCAAUGACUGGAUGAUCUUUGUGGAAAAAGUCUUGGGCAGCUUGAAGGAGAUGGAAGCUCUGGCACUUCUCGAUGAGACAUCUGCGCUGGUGAAGGCUUCGGAUUCCUUGAGCAACAAAGAGCUCGAGGACUUCUUGGAGAAAGCCAAGCUCGAGUGUGCCCCCAUGCCAACAACGCAGAUUGUCAGCGCGGAAACGCCACCCUGA